GUUAACCUAUAUAAAGCUCUUACUUGCUGUUCGAUUUUUCACCAACUAGUUCAUUGCACAUCGAAUUCAAUUCUUUCUUUUCGAGUUUCGAUUUUAUCUUUUUUUUUUUUUGGUUUUGCAAUGGUGAUGAUGAAGAGGCUUUUGUCGCAUCGUUUGUUCAAUAUGUCAAAAAUGGCGUCGCAGGGUUUAAUGAACUGUCGUAUUUCGUCUUCUGCCUUAGCCGUGCGAACAAGGGUUCCUAAUGAUCCUGGAGAAGCGAGGGUUGAUCCGGAGCCGAAUGAUUUGACGAUGUCUCGAAGGUUUUUUCACAAAUACCCCAUGAACCAUCGAGGGGAUGGUACUACCAAGAUGUCGAUCGGGGAGAGUUUGAUUGAGAAGCUUCGAGAAAUGGAUGUGAACAAGGACCGGAUUCGAUUAGACGGGCUUUCUCAUCGGACGGUGGAGAAUGAGAAGGAGGAGACGGCGUUGGGGUUUAUCACGGUGCAAGACGUCAAGAAGUUGCUAAGAGCGUCACAGAUCGAAGUUGUCAAAACGAAGCUGUUGGAGACCGGGAAGAUCUGGAUUCCUUACUCUGAUUUCGUACGUGUUUGUAGUGAUUCUUCGUUGGAUCCUUCUCAAGGGCCUUGGAUAGCUAAGAUGCUUGACGAUUCUGGAAGCGUCAUCGUUUUGGGAGACUCUGUUUGUUUAAGACCUGAUCAGGUAACCAAAUCCAUCGAAGGGCUGCUUCCUUUACCACAGAUCCGUAACCCAAAUGACCCAAGAAGAAAAGAACUAAAAGAACUUGAAACCAUAAAGACGGUCCUCGACGAGAAAGCACAUUCUUUGGUGAGAAGAGAGCUUUGGGCUGGUCUAGGUUACUUGGUCAUCCAGACCGCAGCGUUCAUGAGGCUAACCUUCUGGGAACUCACAUGGGAUGUUAUGGAGCCCAUCUGUUUCUAUGUCACAUCGACAUAUUUCAUGGCUGGUUACUUCUUUUUCCUCAGGACAUCGAGAGAACCUUCCUUUGAAGGGUUUUACCAAAGCAGGUUUGAGGCUAAACAGAGGAAACUAAUGAAAUCUCAGGAUUUUGAUGUUGGGAGGUACGAUGAGCUGAAGAAGAUGUUUGAUCCCAAACCUUCAUCUGCUGUUUCCAAGAUUCUUGGAACUUUACAGAAUUAAUAUUCCUUUUUGGUGUUUCGUUAUCCUAACUUGAGAAAGACAAACUGACACCACCACCCCCCCCCCCAAAUUGUUUAAAAACAAUAAUUUUGAUCAUUACAUAUAAUCUUAUAUAGGGGAAAAAGAGUAAGACAAAAAAAGGUUCUAGUAGUGCGGCUUAUGUAAAUUUGGGAGAGUAGAUUAAAGAAUCGAUCGUAAUGAUAUACAGUAAUAAAAACUUCUAUCAUACUAUAUGUUACCAAUAAAUUGUAAUGACUUUCUUAGUGUGAAAUAUUACAAGACCGUAUUCUAAAUUA